AUGGUCAUGAAGUUGCGGUGUGAUGGAGAGGAUUUCCGCUGUCAUCCUCAUCAUCGCCUCUAUGUCCAUCGCCUUCUCCCAAUAAACCUAUGCUUUCUUACUCACAUGCUCCCAAAGUACCAUCAGAACGUCGGCGUCAACUCGUUCGUGAAUCCGAUUUUUCUCCCGAAAUUUGGAUAUGGGACUGUCAAGACUGCAAAUUACGUGGACAACUUCAUCAAAAGCAAGACACCAGGAGCCCAGUGGUGUCCAGCGCCUUGA